AUGCAAAACAAACAAGAUGACCAAUUGCUGCAGGAUCAGUUGAGAAACGGUGCAAGUGACUUGGCUGUGAUGAUUUUGUCAUUACAAAGUACGAUGGUGCAAAGUUUACAGCAGGCCGCGUUAUUGCCGGUGAAUUCUCCGGCCGCAACCGCCUUGAAUCUGCAAGCUUUGGAGUCUUAUAUUGCUUUACAGCGAUUGAGUACGUCUUCCAAAGCCGUUUUGGGAGACACAUCUACUGAAGAUGCGGAAGAAGAUGAAGCUUUGGGUUCGCUGGACGAAGACUUUUCUUCGCUCGAAGAAGGCCAUCUGCCCAAUUUUGAUGCAAUCGCAGUGCCGGAUUCUAGUGAGAAAGAACAAAGCCCGGCUCCUCAAGAUGAUGCUAGUGCCACCAGUAGACUGCUUGAGAAUAGUGUUGUAGCUGAUAAAACAGCAGUGAGCAGUGCUACAUCGACUGUGUCAACUGGCGCCAGACCCAAAAAACAGUUUAUCUGCAAAUUCUGUAAUCGACAGUUCACCAAAUCGUAUAACCUGUUGAUACACGAACGCACGCAUACAGACGAGAGACCUUACUCCUGUGACAUAUGCGGCAAGGCAUUCCGUAGGCAAGACCAUCUCAGAGAUCAUAGAUACAUCCACUCGAAAGAAAAGCCGUUCAAAUGCACGGAAUGCGGCAAAGGUUUCUGCCAAUCGCGGACUCUGGCGGUGCACAAGAUUUUGCACAUGGAAGAAUCGCCACACAAAUGCCCCGUCUGCAGUAGAAGUUUUAAUCAGAGGUCCAAUCUUAAAACUCAUUUAUUAACGCACACCGAUAUUAAACCUUACAAUUGUACGGCUUGCGGUAAAGUAUUUCGACGAAAUUGUGAUCUAAGGAGACAUAGUUUGACGCAUAAUCUGACCGCCGCGUCAAGUAGCGGCGCAUCAUCUUCCACCGCCUCAGCCGAACUUCCGGAAAACGAUUCUGAAAAUCCAGACAGAUUUUCUAUGGAAGAACUUUUGCAGACUGCCACGGCGAAGUGAUAUGCGCCUUGU